GACACAAUUCUGUCUUUGUCUCUUGUGAUUUUGGGAACCACGUAUCUCAUCUUUCAUUUUGAAGGUUCUCAUUUUCAUGGCUCCCUGCCUACUCUAUUCUUGCCUUUAACUCCUCUCUUCUCAUUUUGGACACCCUUUUCUUCCAUUUUUCUGGCAUUUUCUCUCUCGUAAAAGGGUUUUUCUGGGUUUGAUGGAUUUACUCUCCUAGAGAGGCAUUUGCUUUUUCUUUUUCUUUUUCUUUUUUUAUUAUUAUUUCAUCAAAAUAAAUGGAAUAUUGCAACAUUGGUUGGAGGAGUUGGAGGAGAAGUUGCUUUUGGCUUGAAUCUCCAAUCAUUUUGUAACACAAUUUCCCUCAUAUUAGACGGGUUAAAGAACCAUUUCUCUUUCCCCGUUGGUGUCAUCCUUUCGUGGGUUCUUACAUUUUGUUUCUGGUUUCCACCAUGGCUACCAAAAUCAAAUGGAUUGUCAAGGGGUUCAAAUGCAUUGCUCAAAUCUUUGUUGUGAAGGAGCAAGAUAUGGAAAUUGGGUAUCCAACAGAUGUCAAGCAUGUUGCACACAUUGGCUGGGAUGGCGUUUCUGGUACUCCCCCUAGUUGGAUGAGUGCAUUCAAGCCAGGCCCUGAUUUCAACAAAUCAUUUGGUGGUAACCCAAGAGAUUCUAAUUCUACAACUACUAAUUCAUGGUCCUCUCCAGAUUAUGAUCAGCCAAAGGGAUCUCAGAAAUUCAGAGACAGUCCCUCAUCUGCAGAUGUCUCAAAUACUGCAAAGAAACAAAACCAGAAAAAGAAGUCAACUUCAUCUACCAGGUGCAACUCUUCAAUGUCAUCACGCAUAUCAUCAAAGUCCAAAUACAAUCAAAAGGAGCCAAGUGCAAGAUUCUAAAGUUUGUUUUGAAGGAAUUGGCAAAAGAUCAAUGUACAUAUAACUGAGAUAGCAGAGGACCCCAUUUGGUGGUGGUAGAGAUAUUCACAAAGAAGGUACAAAUUUGAGCAAAAAUUCAUGAAUCCUAUGUAUAGGUAAUAGAAGGAUAUAUAUGAAGUUGAAUGAGAUAGGGAUAACAAACAUGAGCUGAGAGAACACAACACAUUCAAGGACGACGAGACUUAGGUAGAAGCAAUUUGUUUUGGUUUACCAUGAGCAAUAUAAAUUGUCUAGGUUGUAAAGGAAUGCUGAUAUCUCUUUGUAAUUGUUGAUUUAAGAUGUUCAUUGCCGUAAUUCUGCCAUUCAUAAUUUCAUUUUGCUCACCAAAUAGAGAAAAUUUAGUUUC